UGCGAGACCUGCGCGGACCCCGUGGCGGACGGCAGCUCUCGACUCGGGGAAGCCGAACGCGCUGGCCAUGGCCUCCAACUUUAACGACAUAGUCAAGCAGGGCUACGUGAAAAUCCGCAGCAGGAAGCUGGGGAUUUUCAGACGUUGCUGGUUGGUUUUUAAGAAGGCAUCUAGUAAAGGACCCAGAAGGCUAGAAAAAUUUCCAGAUGAAAAGGCAGCAUAUUUCAGAAACUUUCAUAAGGUAACUGAACUGCACAACAUCAAAAAUAUAACCAGGCUGCCUCGAGAGACAAAGAAGCAUGCAGUGGCAAUUAUCUUUCAUGAUGAAACGUCAAAGACAUUUGCCUGUGAGUCAGAGCUGGAGGCCGAGGAGUGGUGCAAGCAUCUCUGCAUGGAGUGUCUGGGGACCAGGCUGAAUGACAUCAGCCUCGGGGAGCCUGAUCUCUUGGCGGCAGGAGUGCAGCGGGAACAGAAUGAGCGAUUCAAUGUGUAUCUUAUGCCUACACCAAAUCUGGACAUUUAUGGCGAAUGCACAAUGCAGAUCACUCAUGAGAAUAUCUAUCUCUGGGAUAUCCACAAUGCCAAGGUCAAGCUGGUGACGUGGCCUCUCAGCUCACUGAGGAGAUACGGGCGGGACUCAACAUGGUUCACGUUUGAGUCAGGAAGAAUGUGUGACACAGGAGAAGGACUAUUCACUUUUCAAACAAGGGAAGGAGAAAUGAUCUAUCAGAAGGUCCAUUCUGCGACACUGGCCAUAGCUGAGCAACAUGAAAGAUUAAUGCUAGAAAUGGAGCAGAAAGCCCGGCUUCAGACAAGCUUGACUGAACCAAUGGCGUUGUCCAAAUCAGUAUCUCUUCCCCGCAGCGCGUACUGGCAUCACAUCACUCGGCAGAACAGCGUUGGAGAAAUCUACAGUUUGCAAGGUCACGGGUUCGGGGCCUCGAAGAUGUCACGUGCACAGACGUUUCCCAGCUACGCCUCGGAGCAGAGCGAAGAGACGCAGCCGUCCUUGUCCCGGUCCAGCAGCUACGGCUUCAGCUACAGCUCCAGCCUCAUCCAAUGACACCCAGAGAGAUGCUGAGACCAGAGAGACAGUCUGCCCGGACCUGCCUGGGGGCCUUCGCGCCCUCUGCCUCGCGGAGGACCAAUUGCAGGGAACAUUGAAAUGGGUCGGGUCUAUCCCCGCUCCCAGUGGAAGGUUAAAAACUGGAGUUCUGCUUCCUUGAUUCCGUGGCUAAGUUCUUUAUUUAUUGAGUUUCUUGCGGGGGAGUCUACGUUUUACAAAAAUAGAAUCCAAAUCGUCUGAACAGUCAUUUAAAUAAAAUCCUUUGAGUCUGACAGUAGCAGAAGCCUGGGCAGGGUGAGAAGUCGCCCACGCUGGACCGUACCUGGGUGAAGGCAUUGCCCCUGUCCUCCUGGCUCAGUCCUCCCACCUGAGGAGAGGUCUAUCCUUAGACAGAAAGGUGACCCACCACAAGCUCUGUGGCUUGGAGGGUUUCGACAGGGACAAAUCCAGUAAGCUCUACAAAUGGCAUCACAACUUUCCGUAUAAAUAAGCCCAGUGACAAGGAAACACGCCCACGAAAUUUAGAACACACUCUUAAGCAGGGCCUUGUAGCUCUAUUCUGUGUGUGUGCUCUGUGUGUGUGUGUGUUGUGUGUGUGUGUGUGUCUGUAGACAAAUAUAGAUAUGGAUAUUGCUGUAUCCAUCUAUAUCUAACAAGUAUAUAUCAACGUGUGCUGAGAGUGACAGGAUAUGCUCACUUAAAUUGUUGAAAACUGUUAUUUGGUGCAUUAAAAUUAAGAUUGUUAUGUUGAAUAGCUAUGUUUAAAAUAGUGCUGUAAAAAAAAAAAAAAAAAGCUUCUUAUUAGCAAAGUAUUCAUGUAGUCACGUCUGCUCCUGUGACAAACAGAGGUGACGAUGUGAAAAGGGGGACCACUUUGGAAGCAAAGGAACCAGUCUGGCUGUCCUGCACGUCACGUCACUGCACUGUCUUUCUGUUCAGUAAUCCCUUGUGGGUGACGAUGUUUCUCUCUUUGGCCCCCUCUGAGCUACGUGGGGAAGAUUGGGUGUGAUCCUCGACUGGCUUUCAUUUACCCUCGAGGAAAAGAAGGACUCUAAAUGACAAUCUGUUUAAGAAAGAGAUAAAAGUACAGUUUAAAUGAAAUCAGAUAUUUUGCAGUCAGGAGACCAACAAUAGGGACAGGACUGUAGGUAUCAUUUUAUGUGUGACAGAUGCUGUUCUCAGAGAGCCAUCAGAGGCUUGUAAUUUACUGUGUAACCAGAAUUGGCUGGGCUUUACUUUCCUUUUACUGGAUAUGGGUUGGCUGGGAUUAUAAGAGAAAAUGGAUCCAAAAAAAAAAGUUUUUUUCAUUCCUGAGACUAAUGACAAACCUACUAGAUUUAAAGGGAAGUGGUGAUUUCCACGUGAACUGGGGAAGUUUUUGGCUAAUUUGGGUCAACAUAGAUAUUUUUGCCCUAAGUUUUGGAGUUUACUCAAGUAAAAAUAAAAUCAUUCUGCCCGAAUUAUCUGAUGCCACGUGCCUAAGAUGGUCAGCUCAUAAAUACUCCAAAGGUGGAUUUAAAGAACAGCGAGCCCAGGUCAUGUAAGAUGAAAACCUGAUAUUUUUUUCAAUAUCAAAAUUUUUUUAAGCUUUCAAAGUUAGUCUGUUGAAAGGGUACCUUUUUUGCUGAUCUGUGAUAAGACUUUUUUUUCAUCCAUGUCCAUAGCUUGAAUGCAGUCACAAUUCAUUGUGGAGAGUUAUUCGUGGUAAAAGCAGUAUUCAGUCCCUCCGUGAUAAAUUUGCACUUAUAGCAACUGCCUAGAUUUUCCACAUCUCUCAGAUAAGUCUGAAAAUGCCCUCAAGAUGCUAAUCAUAAGAGUUAAUGUGGCUGUGAAAAAUAAUUAUCCUAAGCUUUCAGGGAUAAAAAGAAAAUUACUCAAAUGCUCUGCACUGUGAAUUUUGCUGACACAGCAUAAGAGCGGAUGACUGGUUCCUGACGAUGAUACAGCCUUCCCUGAAAUCCCAGCUUUCAGGGUUGAACACCUCUGAAUUACUUUUAGCACAUGGCAUUUGCUUUUGAAAUGCCGCGAGUGAAACACACCAGAGCAACUCCCAGCUGAGACCAUCUGAGCACAGCUCCCAGGGGUGCCGCGCUCAAAGCAAGCCUCUCGCGGCUCACUCGGUCGAGUUGUUGCUUACAGACCACAAGUUUCUACAUGGAACUUAGGGGGACAGAUCCUCAGGGGUCCUGGUAUAUGUCUCAGCUUUAUUACUGUGCCAGAAGCACAGACAGCGGGUCCGGGGGGAUUCUGCUAAUUAGACGAGUCUGCUCUUGUGUCUGUUUGGUGGGAGACAUGAUUCCUGCAUGAAGUAGUUUCCAGAACACUGUUUGCUUGUGAUCAUUACCAGUGAGUGUAACUGAGGGGGUCCCAAAGAUCAGGCAUAACCUUGGGCCGGUUCAUUCAGAAAAUAAUGUCAUAAAAAAGAGUCAGUGAGAGAGAAAUUUCCUUCCCAUGUCCUUAAGCCAAUCUCAUCACAAUGAGAAUAAUGCUGUAAAAGAUCUCGUGAUAAAUUUUUGGAGAUUUAUUCUAGCAUACUCCUCUAACUAUACCUAAAAUUGCAACUAAGUCAAAAUUGCUAAAUGAACAGAUAGGAGAAUUUAUAGUAACCUAAUAUACUUGGCAUAAGGCAAUGCACACUGUAAUCAGUGACAAGCAGAUAAAUAUUCUGCAAAAACCAAAGAUGAAAACUUACUGAACCAGUCUGCUGGAAGGUCAUAAAACCAGCACCAGUGGAGUAAGUAGAGUGGUCCUAGGCGUGUAUCCAACUCACUUGAGCUUGUAGGUUUUUGACUGAAGAUGCCUCUACGCUUUGCAAGCAUUUUUCUCCCUUCAGUAAUUGUGUUCUUCUUUAAUAUACAUGUGACUUUUUCAUUGUGAGGGAGUGACUGCUAUGAACCAAAGACAUCUUUCGGCUCCUUCUGAAACUGACUCAGUCAGCUUUCCAUCCAGAUGUAGACCAGUGGACGAAGGUGGUCACAGUUUCCAUAUCGAGUUGGAAGAAAGCAGUGGUCAAGGAACCCAAGUCAUAAAGGAUCUUCUGAGAGCAGAGAAAGCCUGGAAGACGUACACAUUUCAUGGAAAGAUUACCUAAAGGGAUUUAUUUUUUAUGUCCCCAAUUUUUUGUUCUGAUAGUAUUAAUUGUUGUACACGUGACAUUAUAAUUAUGUAGAAAAGUACAAAAUAACUUUGACCCAAUGGUUUACUAUUCUGGUGGGAGGGAAAAGAAAACACUUUUUUCUCUUAGUCAUCAAACAAAUAAUAGGCACUCAGAACUAAUUUGUUUAUGCAAUAAAUAUUUAUGAAUCAAUAGGUUUUGGCCACUGCCACAAUUUGAACUUAAUGAAAUAAGAAAUAUAUAUUUACUUAUAUAUUAAGGAAGAUGUGGUUUGAUAGAGCAUGUGAAAUAAAGUGAAACGUAUUUAUUAAAAGUAAACCUCACCUUUUCCAACAAGUAGUAACUAUAGUACUAGUCCUGGUAUCUUGUACAAUUUUCCUCUGUCUUCAUUGGGCAAUUAUGUUUGAAAAUAAUUUAUCACCUAUAAAAUGGUUAACCACUUAUUCUUUCUGUCCAGUAUAGAAGCAGUGGACUGAUAAGUAACUUUACACUGUUAGUAGUUUCUAUAAAUCCAACUUAUUGCAUGUGGUAUCUUUAUAGUAGAUAUUAAAAACAUCAUAAAAAUUGAUGUCUGCCCCUCAUUCUUUGGCCAAUAUCUCAGAAAACUCGAUAAAAAAGCAUGAUUACACUACUCCCUUGAUUAUUUGAGCCACUUACUAAAAUUGACCAUUAAUGCUACCGUGAAAACAAGCUAAGAAAAUUAUAUUCUUGUAAAAACAUUGUAGUCCAGAUAUGAUUUUUACAACACAUACAGCACAAUAAAUGGGCAGUAUACAUUUAGUGGGGCUGAGCUUAGGCCUUUAACACUUUGUGUUUUAUAGCAAACAUUCUACUAAAAACUGCUCAAAGUGAAAAUUAUACAUUUUCUCCAAAUCUAUCAUGUCUGUCAAUACCUUACAAUUUCAAACUGCUUUAUCAAUCAUUAACUAUACUUUAUAAUCCCGGAAACUUGGCCUUCUCAAAAUAGAUAGAACUUUGCCACUAGACCUGUGUUAAUAAUUAUAGUAGAUGAUACACCACACAAAUGAACUUCUAGCCUAUGAAAUUUAUGGAGUGCAAUUUCCCAUGGACGGGGUAGAGUAAGAGGAGGGGGACUAGUCAGGAGGGCAACAGUUUAGAUAAAAUUACAAAAACUCCAAUGAAGUGUCCAGUGUUACACUGGGACUCUGCUGUCUUCAUAUUCUGACCUCAGUUCUAUGUCACAGACAUGGCCUUCUUUACUAGUUUCACCUCGUACUAAGUAUGCAAUUGAAAGAAGAAGACAUCGGUUGUAUCAGGUUUUGAAGUUACCACAGAAAGACAACACGUAUCAAGUAUGCUUCCUUCAGUUUAGUGAAAAUUAUUGCACACAAAAGAAUGUAUCAUCACAAAACACCCAUGGUUAAAUGUCUCUUUAGUGACAUGAGCAUCAGUUUCGUAUGGUCAACCUCAUCUGAGUUUCAACACGAAGAUGUACUAGCUGUGACACUGGCUGGGGACUAAAUAAGAGGUCAACAGCCUCACAUGUGAAUUCUCUAUCAAUGUAUUCAAAAGAUUCACCCACUUUUCUUCUCUGAAACGACCACAAAUGCUUCCUUUUUUACUCGAGAAUGUGAAUCUUUGUUGUAUCAUUUCUACAAUUAUUACAACUAGGUGAGGCAUGGCAUAGUUCAUAGACUCUCGGGGAAGUAUCAUGAGAUGUUGGACACAUUUUCUAAAUAGAUGGAAUGCUAGCUAGCUCUGAAAGCAAUCACGUAGAAGAAAAUUUCCGCUUUAUGUUCUGCUCAGGAGAAAACCAAAACCCGUGGGUAUUGUAAUUUAUUCAAAGGUAAAGAAAUGGUCAGGAAUAGUUUUGCCUCAUUCCAGGCUUCUAAUCCAGGAAUGUUUCCUUGACGCCAUGUCAUCUCCCAGUUAGGCAUGGUGGGAGCCGAGAAAUACCACAUGGCCUCUAAAUAAAUAGGCCCUUGUACAUUUAAGGGUUUCUUCCAAUUUUUUAGAUGUUCCUCACCCUUCCUGGAUUCAUCACCACUAUAUCAAUAGAAAGGCUUGAUGAGGCAAUUCAUUAGACUGGUUGUAGGUCAUGAAUGAUUAGGAGAAGUUGUAUUACUCCUACACUGUCUUCGAGUUCUUUGUUGGAAAUUCAAACUUAUUUAUCCUAAAGCGAUAGUUGAACAACUAUAAAAAAAUUAAGUAGAUGUCUAUGUUUUGUAUUCCUGCUACUUCAGCAUAUUAUAAUUGUGAUUAUUAUUUUGAGGAUCUUUAUCAUUCUGUAGCACUUUCGUUUAAUUAUUUAUGGCAUUUGUCACAACUUAGAUAAUAAUAUCCAAGCUACAUUUUUUUUCAUGUGAACUCAAAAAGCUUUCAUUUUCAAUUGAAAUUUGGGGAAUGGCAAUUUUUACACUAAAAUACCUUACACAUCAAGUUUUUUUCUUACACACUUCAGUAGACAAUUAUUUAAAUUAACUUUAGAUAAAUAAGUUAAAAUUACUAAAUAAUAUGAAAACCACAUUUUACUUGUGAUUUUAGUAUAUUUUUCCCAGUUGAAGAUUUUAACAUCUUGUUAAGAUUUAAAGGAGAGGAAAAAUACAUUUUUAAUUGAAAUAUACCAACUUCCUUCUAACAAUUCAGCUUAAUAAGUUUUUAUUUUACCUCAUCUUCUAUGUCUGCUAUCCUAGUCCAUAUUCCAUAUUCUGGUUUUAAGAAUGAGUGGACUAAAAUUUUCUAUAGUUAUUUUGGUAAGUUUAGUAGUUGAUGCAGUUAACUUCCUCAGUCUGCUCCCUGAUUUUAGGACAAUUUUAGACUUAAAGAGAACAUAAAAUCAAUCCUUUUUGUAGACACAGAAUCGUGGGUCAAAUGGAGCAAGGUCUCCACACCGUCCCUGUAGUUGUGUUCAUGUUGGAGUUUGAUUGUUAUCUUAACACUCAAGUGAUCCACACCCUCAUAAGAGUUGCUUAUUUUCAGGAAUCAGAAAUUUAAAAACCCAAAUUAAGGAGAAAAAGAAAAUUGAGAUGAUGAUUUAAAAAAAAAUUUUUUUUAAGUCACCACAUGAUUUCUCUCAAAGAAAACAUUAUGAGAGGGUUUUUAUGGUGUUUCAAUAUCAUUAACUCUUUGAGGCUGAAAGGCAGGGAAAAUGAAGAAGAAAAUGACAGAAGUAUCUUGAUAUUAAGUAUGAAUCAGAAAUUAAUAUGAUAUAGAUCAAUAUGAAAUAAUUUGAUUAAUAAAAUUGAGAUUUACAUAUAUAUUGCAUAAUUCAAAGAACAAUGCUUUUUCUUAUCAAAAAGAAAAUAUAUAUAUAAGUGGGUGGAGUUGGGGGGAGAUGGAGUUGCAAAUUUUUGUGAUGACCUGAAGUAGCAGAUUCUUUCCCAGUAUAAGACACUAUAAUUUUAGUUAUAGCCAGCACUGUAUAAAUCACAGCAACAAAUCAGUCUACCCCUUGACAAUAAAUGAACAUGAAAGCAAGAAUCAUCUUUACUGCAGAUGACAGGAGAACUCCUAGGGUCUGCAGGGGCCCCAGUUACUCUCUCCACACAAGCCCUAACACACACACACACACACACACACACACACACACACUUUUGACUACUUACCUACACUAUAUAUUCCACUGUAAUACUUUUUCCUAGGUCCACACAGAAUUAUCCCAUCUUAUAAAAUCCUUAUCCCUAUGAAUCUUCAAAAUAUAUUAAAAUUAUGUGCUGUAUGUCUGCUUUCUGUAAACUCUUUUAAAUUAAUUUAUAUAUACUUUGUGAAGUCUUAUACUGUACAUUGUAAACAAAUGUCAUUUGUCAUUGAUUAAAUUUAUUGUUUAUGAGUACUUUGAUAAAAAUAACUUUGGAUGCUAGGCCCCUGUUAAGAAAUAAAAUACCCAUUGCAAAUUUGCUUCUAUUGGAAAAUAUGUGAUUUGACAUUCUUUAUUUUUAAUCACAAUCUAUCCCAGAUAAAUAAUAGUUCGGGGACAUCUGGACUUAAAUACUCGUUGGGCCACCUUUGGGAAGGGAAUGCAAAGAAAUAGCUUUCCCUGGAAAGUAAAUGUGAAUUUCUGGCAGAACAGAAAAUAUUAUUAUAAUGUGGCAAUAAUAAAAUUAGAAAAUUAAAUUAUUUUAAAAUCUGUCUGUGUGAUUUUUCCCCUUGGUAAAAUACAUGAAAUGCAUAGUUCAAGAAUUACCUUCUUCUGAAUUCAUAGUUUCUAUAUAUCAAUCCUUAAUAGAUAAGACUUAUUAAUGUCUUACUCAUAAUUCUAAGAAACUUACAAAUGAUAUUGCUACCAGAAGGAAAAUUUAUACUGUGCAAGAUUAAAUUUCCCCCAUCACUUAAAAAAAGGUAAAGCAGUUCAAAAAUACUACUGUACACCACAACUUUGCAUGACUGAGAUUUUGAAUAUCUAACUCGAUGGUUUUUACUCAAGAGUUGUUUAAUAUUGUUGGCACUGUAAUAUUAUAUGAUUUCCUUAAUUUUUGUUAUUGAAUGAUGAACUGUAACUAUGUAAUUAAACAGAAUUCUGGCGAUCAUAUUCUGCUAACCUUUAAAAUGUCAAUUAUGCCUUCAC